AUGAACACAAUGAUGGCGCUUAAAAACGCGGCGGUGUGCCUGGUUCUCCUGCCGCGCUUUCUAUUCGCGGCGCUCAUGCUGUGGCUGCUGGACUUCCAGUGCGUCAGGAACAAGCUUCUCCUCCGAACCCAGGAUCCAAACCAGACUGACCAGGACGAUCCACCUCUCUGCGUGUCCGACUCGAACCGCAUGUUCAGCCUGGCGUCUCUCAAAGCCGUGUGGUACGGCUACAAGCUGGAUCUGCUCAAAUCGGCCCGAGUGGGACUCGAAGCUCCGAACAGCGAAGUGGUGCAGCUGGACGGAUCGAAGCCCAGGCGCAUCCUCGAUUUCGCUAAAGACGCGCGGCCGCUUAUUUUAAACUUCGGGAGCUGCACCUGACCCCCGUUCAUGACGCGUCUCAAAGCGUUCCAGCGCGUUAUUAAGCAGUACGUGGACAUCGCAGACUCGUUACUGGUGUACAUUGAGGAAGCUCACCCGUCUGACGGAUGGGUGAGCACAGACGCGCCCUAUCAGAUUCCCAAGCACCGGUGUCUGGAGGAUCGGCUGCGCGCCGCACAACUCAUGAGCCAAGAAGUGCCCGAAUGCGUGGUGGUCGCGGAUAACAUGGAUAACUUGGCCAACGCAGCAUACGGAGCUUAUUUCGACCGACUUUACAUCCUGCAUGAGGGCAAGGUGGUGUACCAGGGUGGCAGGGGACCCGAGGGCUACCGGAUCUCUGAGCUCAGGAACUGGCUCGAUCAGUACAGAAACCAGAUGAAUGACGGUUCCUCUAAUGUUAUUAUUCACAUGUAA